AUGACUGACACGUUUUCGGUCUCCGCGGGUGCCUUGAGCAUCGUCUCGUUGGGCAUUGAGGUGUGUCGCGCAUUGGUCGAUUAUUAUCAGGCUGCAAAGAGCCGGAAGGAAGAUCUUGAAGCCACGAUAUCAUCCCUUCAGAGCCUAUGUACGACAUUAGAGGGUCUAGAGGGCACCUUGAAGCGACACCAAUUCUUCCCUGAUGAACUCGAUCUCGUUAAGAACGUUGAACUCCAUAUCGACGCAUGUGAAGAAGCAAUUGAGUAUCUUGACAAAGAGUUGGCUGCUUUUACAGGGAGAGGCAAAAACCCUGGUGUAUUUGAAAAUGUAAAGAAGGCUUCGCGGGCCGCAUUAUACCCAUUCAAGAAGGGCACGCUACUCAAGCUGCACGAGACGGUACAAGAUGUGAGAGAAAACAUAAGUCUUGCAAUUCAUACUUUACAGUUGGAUACUUCCAACAAGAUUCAGGAGUGCGUGGCCGAUUCCUCCGCCGUCUUGAACUUGUUGAGGUCUGAAAUCAUUCAACAUCACGUGCGAGCCUGGCUCAAUGCCCCGAACACCUUCGGUCAGCACUACGAGGCAUGCGAGAAGCGCCAUAAGGACACCGGUCUCUGGUUCAUUCGUAGCCAGCACUUUCGAACGUGGCUAGAUAGCAAAGGAUCCUUCCUCUGGCUUAACGGAUUGCCCGGCUGUGGGAAGACCGUGCUAGCGUCCACAAUCAUCCAAGAAACCUUUGCCUUCCGGGCGUCUUCUUCUGAAAUCGGCUUAGCUUACUUCUACUUAAGCUAUGCAGACAUUCCAAAGCAAACAGUCUACGGUGUUCUGAGCUCUCUAAUACUUCAAUUAUCUUGUCAGUCUGACUCUAUCGCUCUGAAUGAGCUGUAUACCAAUUAUCUUGCUGGUUCACCUCCGGAUUACGCCCUAGCUUUUGCAUUAAGAACUGUCAUCAAAAAGUUUAAAAAUAUAUAUAUUGUCAUCGAUGCGUUGGAUGAAAGUUCUGUCGGUCCACAACGUGACGCGCUCUGUAAGGUCAUAAAUCAAAUCAGGCAAUGGGACUCAUUACAUCUUAUAAUCACUAGCCGGGAUUAUCCAGAUAUCAGGGAGAUGCUUGAGGUCCUUCCGGAACAUGAUGUCUCAUUACAAAACGAAGAUGUCGCUGCGGACAUCAAAAAGUACAUCAGGGACCAGCUCCGAUUCGGUUUAAAGCUCAAGAAAUGGAAGAAAUUUCAUUCAGAGAUCGCAGACGUCUUAUCCAAGGGUGCCGGUGGCAUGUUUCGCUGGGUUGAUUGUCAGUUCUCUGCGCUUGAGUCUUGCGUUACACCUAACAUGCUGAGGGAGACCCUACACUCGUUACCGGAGACCUUGGAUGACACAUACAAACAGAUGCUUAGAUCUAUCAAGCCAGGACUCUUAGAUUUCGCACGUCGCGUACUGACUAUGUUGUGCUUCUCAGCCAGACCCAUUGAGGUGACCGAGAUGAUUGAUGCCCUCGCGGUGGUCGUGGAUGAUGAGAUUGGUGGCUAUGAUAUUGGCAAUCUUCUGUAUAGCGCUGAUGAUUUGCUGAUGACUUGUCCCGGCAUGAUCAGAAUUGUGGGCUCGGUCACAAGUGUUUACGCCCCACCGUCUUCUGAACGAGGUGAAGCCUACUCGGAAGCUAGCAUCUCAAGUCGUGUGGAGCGCUCUGAUAGAAGAAUUGUAAGCUUGGCGCACUUUUCUGUGAAAGAGUAUCUUGUCUCAGACUACGUCCUCAAAUCUUCACCACACUUUCACCUGAGGCCAUCAGAAAGCCAUCUAUGGAUUUCAAGAUUAUCUUUGAUCUACUUAGCAAACCCAGAUAUACAAUUACCCAAAUAUGAUGAUCUGGGCGAGCAAUUAUGGCACUAUGGUUCGUACGACUUUUUCCGCUAUGCCUGGGAAUUUUGGGCCGAACAUGCGCGCAAAAGCCAGAUCAGUAGAUCUUUGCUACCUUUGCUACGCCUUUUCAAGUCCAGCUCGAAUAUGAAAGUGGCUCUUCUACGAUUCACAUCAAGUUUUGCAGCCACUGCAAAACUGUCUGAAGAGACACUUGGGCCUAGGGAAGUCUUGAUUACAAUCAUCAAGUGGCUUUGCUUCGAGGGACUGCCAGACCUAGUAGAUGCGGUCCUCGAAGACCCUCAAAAAUCCUGUCCGCCAGGAUCAGCCCAUGGCUUUGAUAUACGGACAUCUGCAGGAAGAGCUACCACUGAUGCCCAAUCCUGUAAGAGGCUUGGGAAUCAACAUCGAGCUUUGGUUUCAAAGGAUGAUAUACCUGCUUUAGACAAAUGCUACGCUCUUUGUCGGACACCCUGCACAGAUCUAGCUAUACAGCAAGGCCACUGGGAUGUAGUCAAUUGCCUGUUUCGCCACGGGUUCCUGCUCGAGACCUCGAAACUUUCACGUCUUGACCCUCUUCAAAUCGCAGCAAGAGAUGGUCAACAUGAAACGAUACGCCUCAUGAUUCAAAUAGGUGUAGACUCAGAGCUUUACCGCAGGGGGCCUAGACUAGAGGAUCCGGUCAUGUUGGCUGCUGCGAAUGGACAAGCAUUGACAGUUGCCAUUCUUCUAUCCUGGCGGCCCGGCGGAGCUGAUAUCGUAGGCCCGCACAAUGUCACCCCUCUAAUGCUUGCCGCUAGAAGAGGGCAUUUAGAUGCAGUCAGGGCACUGAUUCAAAAUGGCAAAGGCAGCGUCCCGCACCAAGCAUUCCUAGACCGGAAAACAGACUAUGGAAUGACCGCGCUAUUGUUUGCAGCACAGCAAGGCAGUCUCAAUAUGGUGAAGGCUUUGGCCGACGCUGGCGCGACUUGGAAGAGCAUGACUGACAUCGAUGGCAAUACUGCAUUAGCACAUGCUGUCCAAAAUGAACAUCAACACGUUGUUGAGUGGCUUGUCGACAAUGGAGUAGACACGGAUAGCGAGAGGCGGAACCGAUUUGGCUUUACGCCAAAAGAAAUGGCAUCUCAUCUCCAUCUACAGCCCAUCAUUGACAUACUAAACAAAGCUUCAGCAUCUACCAAGCCACAAGAGCGGAGCGGCGGAAGUCCAAUUGACACACUUUCUAUACCGCCAGGGAAGACUAGACCUCGCUCAGAAGGGAUCUCCAAAAUGCCAUGGUAUUCGCGGAUCGUCGGUGGUGAAGAUGAUACAACGCACGCCCUUUCAAGAGUCGAACUUCGACCGUGUAGCUCCCAAAGAUCUUUUCUGGCGACUAGUUACGGAAUAGCAUAG